CUCUAAGUUUCCACGGCCCAACUGUAAAGCUGACACGCUGACAAGCACAGAAGACUUUUGUCAAAGAUGUGCCACCAUCUGAACUGCCAACCGGGAAAGGUUUUAUCUGGAAUCACCAGCACAGCCCCAGGGUCCCCAGCCAGGCCGGCUCGCUGUCAGCCCUUCCUUGGCCAUCUCUCCUUCCCCUCCAGCCUUCCGCGGAAGCACGCAGAGCACAGCCUGCACUCCGCUCCCCCAAGGACGCGCGUGCUUGCCAUCGCUCUGCGGCAGAGCGGUUGGCUGUCCCACGUUCGUGGCUCCCGCCCGGCAGAAACGUUGUCCCCGCGUCCCCUCAGAGUUCCCUGCACGGCUUCCCGCAAUGGCAGGCAGCUGUGGAGCCGGCCAAGCCGCCGCCCGACGCGGGCAGGCAGCGCCCGGGCUGCGCAGCGCUCGGAACGGCGUGGAGGGGCAGGAAUCCCAAGUAUCUGGACUGCCGGAGUACAUAAAGAUUGUAGAAGUUGGGCCAAGGGAUGGUUUACAAAAUGAAAAGGUGAUUGUCCCAACUGAUACCAAAAUAGAGUUAAUCAACCGGCUUUCUAAAACGGGCCUUCCAGUAAUAGAGGUGACCAGUUUCGUUUCAUCCAAAUGGGUGCCUCAGAUGGCAGAUCACAAAGAAGUAAUGAGAGGCAUUGAGCGGCAUCCUGGAGUCCAAUAUCCUGUUCUCACGCCUAAUCUUAAAGGUUUUCAUUCAGCUAUUGCAGCAGGGGCUACAGAGGUUUCAGUAUUUGGUGCAGCAUCUGAAUCUUUUAGCAAAAUGAAUAUUAAUUGUUCUAUUGAAGAGAGCAUAGAAAAAUUUGAAGAAGUUGCUAAGUCAGCAAGAAAUAUGAAUAUUCCAGUGCGUGGGUAUGUUUCUUGUGCAUUGGGAUGCCCAUAUGAAGGAGACAUCACACCAGCUAAAGUGGCUGAAGUGUCUAAACGUCUGUACAGUAUGGGCUGUUAUGAAAUCUCUUUGGGGGACACAAUUGGUGUGGGGACUCCUGGAAGUAUGAAAAGAAUGUUGGAAGCUGUUAUGAAGGAAAUCCCUCUGAAUGCCCUUGCUGUUCACUGCCAUGAUACAUAUGGGCAGGCGCUAGCCAAUAUCCUCACAGCCAUACAGAUGGGAGUUGCUGUAGUGGAUUCAUCUGUUGCAGGUUUGGGCGGCUGUCCCUAUGCAAAAGGUGCUACUGGAAAUGUGGCCACAGAGGAUGUUGUAUAUAUGCUUAAUGGUCUGGGGAUCAAUACAGGAGUCAAUCUUUAUACCGUGAUGGAAGCUGGAAACUUCAUCUGUACAGCUUUGAACAAGAAAACGAAUUCAAAGGUUGCACAAGCUUCCUUCAAUUCUAGAACUAUCAAGUAAACGGAUUUUCUUUGCAAUUACAUUUGUCAUCUACCUUGACCAAGGACACAUAUAUCAAGAAACCAAAUAUAAGAAAACCAUUUCAGCAAAGAACUAAAAUAGAAACCAGAUAUAACUUUCUGUUAUGGAAAGAGUUUCCAUACUGUAGUGUCUUGUUGAAAAUUGUCUUAUAAAUAAGUAUGAAAUAAAUGACUGUCAUAAAGAAUGCUAUGUUUGGUACUUACACAGGUGAGAAAACUGUAUGAACAGCAGAUCAUUUUAUCAUGCUUUAAGUUGAAUUUUGUUUUUUGAGUUUUUUUCGGUUGAACUGGUUGGAAACAGUGAAUACAUAGUUAACUUUUAAUCAAGAUGACUUUUAGAGCAAUACAAAUAUUUGCAGUAGUUUAUGAGAUCCCACAGUGUGUGUGGCCAUUCUCUUAUGUGUUUUAUUUAUCUGAGUCUAUAUUUUUCGUUUGUCAACUCAGUUCUGUUGUGAACACAGAUCCAGAUCAGAAUUCACCGUAAGAAAUUUUUAGAUACAGCACUUUUGUUAUUGUGUUUUGUUUAACAUCUGUUAAAUAUAUGGAUGACUUUAUCUUGUUCCAAGACUUUAUGGUUAAUGGCAGCCUUCCAGAUCCUCCAAAUCUGAUGCAAAUUUUCUUAUUUGCUACAUAUGUUAAAUUUGUUGUAGUUGCUUUUUUUUUUUUUUUUUUGUCAACUGUAUUAAAACCUAAUUAUAUUAAGCAAUUAAAAACUGGCAAGAUUUUCAACUGUCAUUCAGGGUAGUAGUAAUAUAGAAUGGGCAAAAAUUUUGUCCAUGGUCUCAUUAAACAACUGGACUUUUUCUUCUAUAUUCUAUGAGUUGACAUUUUCCAUUAAUUUCUGAGGAUAUUACUACUCAGUUGGACUUGCUUACACAGUGAGAAGCAUCUGUAAUAUUUCUCUGUGCUCUUGUGAUGGUGAUACUUUACUGUUAAGAUGUCCUAGUUCAGCAAGAUGCUAGUGAACUGCUUUGUCAUUUUUAGAUCUAUAAUUGACAAAAGCAAAGAAAAGCCUUAUAUCUAUAAACUGUUGAAAUGCUCCAUGAAAAUAUUGUCAUUUUUCAAUUUGAAACAUCAGUACUGUUACUGAUUUUGUGUAGAUUUUUUCAGAAUUCUUUCAGAAUAUUUAACAAUUUUUUUAUCAGUAAAGUUUCCCCUUUCAGUCUG